GAUAUGGUGAGAUAGACAGAGACAGAAACAGCGACAAAGGUAGAGACACAGACAGAGACUACGGUUUUGUAUAACGCCUUCCUGUCUCCUUUCCUCUUCAAUGAUAGCAAUUCGGGAAAAGUGACAAUUGGCAACGUUGUGUACAAACUCGUGCUGUGAUUCUCUGUUGCGUCCUUGCUUCUCGGAGGAGGCUGAGUGUGGAGGAAAACUGUUGGAGUGAUUUGUCUGAAUGCGAUUGUUUGAACUGUUCGUACCUUCCGCCACGCACUGAUUGCCAUUUAAUGACAAAAAAAAAAAGAAAAAAAAAAAAAACACUUCGGGAACACCUGCUGAGGAAUAGGAAGUGGGAAAUGAUGUGGAAUGAUGUGGUGAGCCGUGCGAUAUGCUGUGUGGUGUAGUGUCAUGUGUUGUGUGGUGCAUUGAUGGUAUAGUUUGGUGUGGUGUGACGUGUGAGCAGUGAGCACCCCUCCCACAACAUAUUCCACCUUCUCCCCGCAACAGGCUACAAUCGCAAUACUUCCUCUUCCCCCUUCUCACACAUGCUAUCUCCUGUCUCAUCCCUCCUCCUCCCACAAAGGCUCAAUCCCCGCUUACAAGACGUCUUCGCUUCCUGUCACUCGCUCCUGAAUUUCCGUAAACACACACACACACACACACACAGUCAUGGAGAGAGACUUGAAACCGUCACUGCUGGUGGUGCUGCUGUUGCUGGCUGCGCUAAGCCCUGGAGGCACACCAAGCUCCACCUUGGCCCUGGACUGUAGUGCCACUGACACAAUAGUGAAGGAAGGACAAACACAAAUGAUCGACACCAUGAACAUUACAGGCGGUGCAGGUUACUUUAAUCUGUAUAUGAAGCCGGAGAGUGACUUUGGCGGCGUCCAGAUCGAUGUGCAGGAAAGUGACGGCACUAACCACACGAGCUGGUUCUCUGCCGAUGAUGAUUGUUUCCCGCGUGAUGACUCGUGGGUGCAAUUCCAGGCGGAGACAUGGAUAGCACAGACGGGACUUUAUGUGCGGUUUAAGUCUUAUAAAUGCUGGAAGUAUUGCAAACCCAACAGCAUCCUGAAAAGGCCUAUAAGUCUCAGCGUGGUGGCUCAUGGCCCUUCCAAGUGGAUAAAAGGAUUCCCACACCGGGGCUGUUCCAUCUCUUAUUUUGCGAUACCCAUGAAUUCCAUAAAACUGCCAGUCUGCUCCGAGCCGCCACCCACACCCACCACCACCAUCACCGCCACCACCACCACCACCACCACAAUACUCUCUACUCCUGAACUGGCACAAAACAAGAUAACAAUCAUAACUGCGUCGGCAGGAGUGGUGGUGGUGGUGGUGGUGGUGGUGGUGGUGGUAGUAGUGGUUGCACUUUGUCGAAAAAGAAAUACUGUGAUACCAAUAAAUGAGGUGAAGCUCCAGUCUCAGCCAGUUGUCUCCGACAACCAGCUGCAGAUCAUCGCUGGCCAGGGACGCACCUCAGACCAAACCAAGGAAGGAUUCUAUUACGAAAUCUUGCCUGACCUCUCGUCACGCCGAGUGAUUGUGUCGAGGCCUGCACAGGACACAGAGGAACCAGUCUACAGUGAUGUACUGCCUGAACACGACUUGCGGCCUCGCUCACCUCCUUACGAGAAUGUGCCAGUUCCCCCAGGUGGCGCUGCCUCCCCUCAGUCAUCCCUGGAGGCUUCAGAAGCUAAUGUGUCAAACAUCUACGCCACGGUGACGCAUGCAACAUGUACUGGUUGAUGGAAAUAUAUAACGCGAAAGCUAUAAGGAAACCAAUUCCUGCGUUUUUUUUUUUUUAUUUGUAAAGUGCUUGGUAAUUAUGUCUCUUAGGUAGGUUGAUUUUAACAAAACUUAUUUUUUUUUAGCACCCAAACACCAAAUUUUGCAUUUUUCCCUUACUGUCCCUUUCGGUAGGAUUAUCUAAAAUAAAGUUCAAGUUUUGCUUACUCAGUAUUGCUUACCAGCCAUACCUAGUAUUGGAUAGUAAAUAAAAUGAGAACAUUUUCUUGUGUCGUCUUUUCUUGUCUUGUCUUGUGUGCCAGUCCUCUACUAUUCAUGACCCUUUACAUGACAGGACUAGUACUGUAUUAGGUUCCACUUUUGUAUCAUGCGUGCUAUGAACCAGCAGUCUUCCGUGAAAGUGGCUACACUCCAACCGCAAAACUAACAACUUACACUUCCUUCCAGGCAUGGAGAAUGUAAUGCUUUUCCCUGGGAUUAAGCAGGUGUUGUAUUUUGAAGUGCAUACUGUCAUUCAUCUUUUACCAACUUGCAACAGCUGUGCAAAUACCCAAACAUGAAUAAUUUGAAACCUUGAGAGAGAAAGACCUUUCAAGCGCUUUUUGGGAUUGCUGCGGACAGCGAUGUACCUGAAUUGCAUGAACAAUAAUCAGUUCAGUCACUUCAUGAAUCUGGCUUCUGCUAACAGGCAGGUUUUCAUGUCUGCAAGUUGCACGAUCUUGUUGCGUCCCUAAUCUUAAAGAAUGCUUUG